AUGAACUCGAACGGUACCGACGCAUGGAACUCGGACGUUUUGCGAACUGUUCACCCAGCUUCGCGAAAGGACCGGCGAGUUUGCGGCAACGCGAGCGAAUUUGUCGACGGCGUGCAACUGCUAGUACAUCGAUUGAAUACCAUCGAACCCGCGUUGAUUGGCGACCGAGCACACAUUGCGAUCUGGUUGAUCCGACCACUGUUGGAAACCGUCUAG